AUGGCGGCCUUUCCUAAUCCCAAUUCUAAUGCUGGACUGAAGAAGCUCGACGAGCAUCUUCUUACACGUUAUUACAUUACAGGUCACAAGGCUUCAAAGGAUGAUAUCACCGUCUAUGCGGCCCUUUCAAAACAUCCACCAUCGCAAUAUGUGAACGUAUCUCGUUGGUACAACCACAUUGAGACUCUGUUGGGUAUCUCAGGUAUCUCUUCUCAAGGGAGUGGUGUCAGUAUUGACGGACUGGUCUCUACCUCAGAACAUGCGGUUGCUGAUUCUAAUGAUGGUGUUGUGGUUGUUGAUAAUGAUAAUGAUCAAGAUGUUGACCUUAUCGGCGAAGAUACCCAAAAGGAAAAGAAAAGUGCUGAAGAGAAAGCAACUUCCACAAAGAAGAAAUUUAAUGGCCAAUCAUCAGCUCUAGUUCUUAUCAACCCAAAUGAUGAAGAGACCGACAUGAAGAAGCUAGAGGAAACUGUAAGAUCCAUUCAAGUGGCAGGGCUGUUUUGGGGAGCAUCAAAGCUUCUCUCAGUUGGCUAUGGAAUCAAGUUGUUGGGGAUCGAGUGCACAGCUGUUGGACACCUUGUUCAUCUUGGACGCAGAGAUAAUGCCGCUGAUGAUGAUGAUGAUGUUAACCUUUUUGGUGAAGAGAGAGCAGCAAAGAUUUGCAAUGUUGGCUAUGGAUUCAAGUAUAUGCGGACCAUAUUCACCAUUGUUGACAACCAUUUGUCUCUCGAUACUGUCACUAGAAACACUGGCGGUAUCCCCUUGAACAGAAUACAGGAUCGAAACAACCUUUAA